AUGCUUAACGCAGCGCUCGAGGGAGCCGCAGACCCUGUGCCACCAGCGGCAUUCCUGUUCCGCCCGGCCUGGCCCGCUGUUUCGGGAGGCCACAUGUCGGCGCCGCUCCGGAAUCGCGGUGCCAGCGAGACAUGCUCCAUCAUCAGCGGCGCCUUCUUCUGCUGCCCCUCGGAGGCGGGAACUUCUGGGUGUACCCGAGUUUGCGCAGUUGGCGACUUCAAAUGCGGCUCCAUCUGCUGCGCGAACGGGCAGACAUGCAUGGGAGCCGACACGCAGUUGCCAUUCUGCGUCAACCCCAUUCCCACCCUCGUGUCCAGCACGACGGCCGUGCCAACAGCCACGACGGCCUCCUCGCUAGAGAGUUCAGUAUCCCGUUCGACCUCGGCCUCAACUUCACCGACCUCCAGCCGCACUCCAACGUCGUCAUCAGCCUCUACGCAUAGCACAUCUAUGCCGGCGACAUCCUCAACCGCCAACGCCAGCACCGCGCCUGCCCCGACAACCACCACCACCCCGCCGCCGUCAACGCCCGAAGCGACCGGCACGUCAACAACCCCAGCAGCUCCCAACCAGGGCGGCGGCCUCCCACGCGCGGGGCAGAUCGCAAUCGGGAUCAUCGUGCCCGCAGCCGUCAUCCUGCUCGUCGGCGCGCUCUGGUUCCUCAUCUUCCGCCGGCCGAGCCGGGGCCAGGGCCGGGGCGGUCACCGGCGAUGGGGCACGGGCACCAACUCCAGCUUCGGCGGCGGCGGCGGCGACGGAACGGGUUCCCGCGCGCCGACGCCGCCGCCGGCGUACUCCAAGAGCGGGCUGGACGCCGUGGUGACGCCGUCGACGCUGUCGAUGCACGAGAGGUUUAUCAUGGAGGCGAAUGCGGCGCGGGCGCAGGUGGGGGCGUCGGGGGAGCAGCAGCAGCGGGCGGGGGAGGAGGGGGAGGGGUAUGAGAUGGGGGAUCUGGGCCCUUCAGGGGUGACCGUGGGCCGCCGGGAGCGAGGUGGCGAAGCGAGGCCGGGACAGGCCGCUGUGGAGACGCCGCCCGGCUCGGCGGGCUCUGCGGAUCGGCCGGCGUCGCCGCACCCCGGCACGGUGUUUGUUGUGUAA